AAUUCUCCUGGGAAUAAAAUCACCCGUGGACAUGAGCACGGAGGAGACCAACGUGGACGCGCUCAGCAGCGGGGAUUCGGCACUGAAGGAGCCUGCUCCUCCACAGGAUGCGGCUGAUACCACAGAGGAGAACCUGAAUCUUGAGGAGGAGGAAAAGAUACCUAUGACCGGAGCAGGAGGAGCAGGGGAUGGAGCAGGGGAUGGAACAGGGGAUGGAACAGGGGGUCCUGAGGAAGAACGUCCCUUGGACAAUGGAGACACGUCGGGGGAGAAGAACGGCGCCGUAAAGCUGAAGAUGCCCGAGGAUGAGGAGGAAGAGGAGGAAAGGGAGGCCGCAUUCACUGGAUUGAACAAAGAUGAGCUACUGAGGGUGGCUGGGACACCACGCUGGGUGAGGAUCCGUUGGACGCUGCUCAUCCUCUUCUGGCUCGGCUGGUUUGGGAUGCUGGCAGGGUCCGUUCUCAUCAUCCUGCAGGCACCACGCUGUCGGGAACUGCCCGCCACCAACUGGUGGAAUGACGGUCCGCUCUACCAGAUAGGAAACAUUCAGGCCUUUUCCAAUGAGCAGAACCUAAAGGGUGUGGAGCAGAAGUUGGACUACCUCUCCCAACUGAAGGUCCGAGGCCUGGUGAUUGGCCCACUCCACGUGGCUCUGCCCAACGAUCCAACGAGCCUGAUCUUUGAGGAAGUGUCUCCGGAUGUGGGAACCCUGCAGCAAUUCAGGAGUUUCCUGCAGGCUGCGCACAAAUUAGGUAUUUCAGUGGUUCUGGACUUGACUCCCAACUAUCUGGGAUCAACUGGACCUUGGUUCUCCAACAUCAGUGUGACCAGUGUGGCUGAGAGACUGAAGCCAGCUCUGGUGUUCUGGCUGAAUGAAGGCGUGGAUGGUGUCCAGCUGGAUGGGGUGGAGCGCGUGUCCACUGUGGUUCCAUCUCUGUGGAGUGACAUCCGUGCCAUCGUCCAGAACGAGACACAGGAGCAUCCCAAUAAAAGAGUCCUGAUCGGCGUCAGUGAACGCUCCUCACCUGAGGAUGUGACCUCACUCCUCUCCUCCACUGGUGUUGACCUUCUGAUCUCCAAGGUCCUCCUUUCCCCAGACGCCACGGCACGCGCUCAGUCCAUCCAGCAAUUGUAUUCUGACCACAAUCAGAGCAGGCUGUGCUGGAGCUUGAGUGGGCGAAGUCAGGGUCACCUGGCAUCCCUGGUGGGGCCGGCUCUGGUGAAACUGCACCAUCUACUGCUGCUAACGCUGCCAGGGACGCCUUUCUUUAACUAUGGAGACGAAAUCGGCCUGAUGGACACGGAUACCAACUUUCCCAGUAUGCUGUGGGACUCGGACAAAGAUCAAAAUCAAACUCUGCAGGAGGAGAAGGCGGAGCUUUCCACUCGCAGUUUCUUCCGCAGCCUGAGUGAUUUGCGGGGUAAACAGCGCUCUCUGUUGAUUGGAGACUUUGUCCUCCUUUUCAACUCCAGCUCCUCCCUUGCAUACAUGCGUGUCUGGGACCAGAACACCCGUUUUGUGGCAGCCUUAAACUGGGCGGAUGAAGAUGUAGUGUUGCAGCUGCGUGACACAAUGCUGCCCCCACAGGCUGCAGUUGUGAUGAGCACCAACAGCAGCUUUCUUCCUGCAGAAAGCACUGUGGAUCUCAACCAGCUGCAACUGGGCCCUGGUCAGGCCGCACUCCUUGCCCGACACGGGAUAAAAAUGUUUUGUGCCGCACUUCAGUGUCAUGAUUAG